AUGCAGUUCAACAACUUCUUCGCCAAGCUCAAACCCAUGGAAGGCGGUUUGGUACCUUCUCAACGCAACGGCGUAUUCCUUUCUACAGCCAAGAAUAUCUGGUCUGUCGGACGAGGCAAGGUCGCGGACGUGCCGAAGGACGUAUGGGUUCACCCCAGUAAACUCAAUGCUAGCGCCUUGCACGCUCUGAUCUAUUGGAACCCCGAGACGAACGUCGCCUUCAUUGAGGACCAGAAGAGUCUUAACGGCACCUACAUCAAUGGGCGCCGACUUGCCCCUCUGGUGAAGAUCGAGUUGAAGGAAGGUGAUCAGAUCUGGCUGGGCCCGGUCCAUAAGAAAGACUCGUGCGGAUGCAUCUUCCAGCUGCUAUGGGGUCAUCAUAGCCCUUUCCUUUCGAAGUAUGGAUGCGAGACCAAGCUCGGCUCGGGAUCAUAUGGCGAUGUAUACAAGUUCUAUCUUCGCGCUCAGCCAGGUAGCGUAUACGCUGUCAAGGUUCUUGAUUACAACGAGGCGCACGGAAGGAAUGAUCGAGAGGACGCUCGGGCGGAAUUGGCCCUCUUGGCCGGCGAGGCGCGCACACAUCCGAACAUAUGUCCCUUCAUUGAAGUGUUUGAGGAUGAAACCCAUCACAUGAUAUACAUCGUUAUGCAAUUUAUGCCACUUGGCGAUCUGACCCAACAUUUCGAUGACACCGUUGGCGCUGGAAUCUCACAGCUUCGCACCAUUUUGAAGCAAGUAUCCAGCGGGCUCACUCACCUUCAUGCUCACGGCAUCGUACACAGGGAUAUCAAACCCGCGAAUAUUUUCGUGAAAGCAUUGUACCCGGCUUUAUUGGUUGUCAUUGGGGACUUCGGAGUUGCACGUCGAGUGGACGUAGAGGACGGAGAGGCUAAGUCGUUCGUGGGAAGUUUCGCUUAUAUGGCGCCCGAGAUAGCAAAUAUGCGCGGAUACACGAACAAAGUUGACUCGUACAGCGCGGGCGCGACGGCGUUUCAUUUGUUCAUCGGGCUCAAGCACAAACCUUUCGAUACGAACGUUGUUUUUUCGCUAUCGUCUCCUAAACCCUGGCUUCAAUCGCGAGUGGUCCGGUGGGAUCUGGUGGCGUCUAAGCAUCUCCCUGCUGAAGGUUUGGACCCUGCCAAUGCCCGUUCUUGGCAUGUCGCUGAAGCUACAGUUGCAGGCCGACAGAUCUUGGACGGGCUCUUAGACCCGAAUCCAGAGACGAGAUGGUCUAUGUCACAGGUCGCGAACUUUCCCUGGAUCAAGAACUCGCCCGCCGUUACAGACAAGCAGCUGCAGCUGCACGCCACUAUUGACCUACAACUCGACUCCAUUGGUCAAUCUUUCUUGACCGCGCCUAUCGCUGCACUGUCACCCCGCCCUGUAUCUGCAUUCGUCGGGGCGAUAGUUGGAUCCAGUGACCCCCCCAACUACAGCGCGGCAGCUUUUUCGCCUGCGAUGCCUGCAGCGGCGCCCCAUUUUCUCAAGCUCACCUCUUCUUUCGUUUCCCGGACGCGUGAGGAUUUGCCCGACGUUCCUCGGGCGCUUCAAGGCUCGCCCGACGCUCCUCGGACGCGUCAAGGUUCGCCCAAUAUUCCUCACGAGGAUUCAAGUUCUUCGCAGCCCUCUCCCUCUCCCCCGCCCUGUCCCUCUCCUGUGCCCGCGCGGCGUGCGGCACCCAAGACCCACGCUGCCCGCGAAGGUGUUCGCAAAUCUUCUCGGCAACGUAACAACAGAGAGCAGGCUCUGGUCAAGGCGGCUCAGCAGGCGCAAGAACAGGCGCUACUCCAACGCGCCAGGGCGCCGCGCAAGAAGAAUGGGGCAAAGGGAGCUCGCAAGGUUGCAGCUCGAGUUGAGAAGGUGUGA